ACGUAGAACCCACCACAGCAUCCCCAGAACCCCACCAUGUUUCUCUUCUCUCGUAAGACCAAGACCCCCAUCAGUACCUACAGUGACUCCUUCAGGGCUCCGACCUCCAUCAAGGAGGUCUACAAGGACCCACCUUUGUGGGCCUGGGAGGCCAACAAGUUUCUGACUCGGGGUCUAACUAAUGCCAUGCAGCACCAUGUGGAUCCUAAUGCUGUGCAGAUGGACAAAUGUGCUACACAGGACUACCCCUAUAAGAGUUCCCUAUCAGGCCAUCCAUACUUUCCUGAGAAGUACUGGUUCUCUCAAGAGGAAGAAGACAAAUACUGCCCAAGCUAUCUGGGCGGUUACCGGUACAACUCCUGGAAGAUGGGACCUUACAACAACCCCUACUGGAGCAAAUAUUCUUCCUACCUUCCUCGACUGUCUAAUAAGGACACUGGGGUGGACGCAGUGGUUCGAGGCAUGCCCUUGGAGUACCCUCCCAAGCCCGAGCGCCUCAAUGCCUACGAGCGUGAGGUGGUGAUGAACAUGUUGAACUCGCUGUCACGGAGUCAGCCGCUGCCGCAGAUCGCCCCGCGGUGCGGGUGCUUGGACCCGCUGCCCGGCCGCCUGCCGUUCCAAGGUUUCGACAGUCCUUGCUCGGGCCGCCACUACUGCCUGCGCGGGCUAGACUGCUACACCGCGGUGUCGCCCUGCACCGAGCGCCCCCUGAGUCCUUUGUGCUUGGAGGAGCCGACUGUAAGGACUGUAUCACCCUUCGGGCACCGACCCGGAAUGCAAUGUGUUGUUACACCUCCCCUGCCAUCAUACUACCCAUUUCCAAACCUUAGAUGGGACACAAGUCACUUCAAGAAGACCGGCGGGCCCCAGAGAAACAGUUAUGUUGUUCACCCUGAGUUUGUGUCCGAGAACUAUCCUCGCUACCGUUGUUGGUAAAGCCUGGGCUGCUCAGGCAAUAAAUUCUUCACCCCAAAGGCUGCCUCCCUAAGUCCUUACCCAGUAAGAUCUAGAAAGGAGGGACCUGUUUCUCAUUUACACAGCCUGGAACUCCCUCACUCCCAUUAUCUCAGUAGUUCUAGCCCUUCUGAUGCACAACAGUAACGAUACAAAAAGACUGCAACACCUGGAUUGAGUCCUUUAUCUCUACAAUCUCAAGAAUGAGCCCAUGGACACCAGGGAGAAGGAA